AUGCUCAUCUGCGUGGCCGUCCUUCAGGAUGAUGGUGACGGCCGCGGCAGCGGCGGCCUGGGCUUGGCUAUCUACCCCCCUUUGGCCUUCGGUGCGGCGUGCGUGUCGUUCACCGCGGACCUCGUCCACGACCGCGAGAACAGGUGCAAGCACGUGGCGCUGUCUCAGGGCGCGCCCAUCAGGGGCUACUGGGUGGGCAACCUCCUGGGCCACUACCCUUUCCUGCUGCCUACGUCGGCCAUCCUGGUUCUGCUCGUGGCGGUGGCGCAGCCCGCGGGGCUGCCACGCGCCAGCGUCCCACUCCUUGCGGUGGAGGCGGCCGUGUACCCGGUGGGCCUGCUGCUGUACGCGUACAACUGCUCCCUGUGGUUCGAGUCGGUAGAGAUGGCGAGCAAGAUACUGCCCAUAUGCAAUAUGCUACUAGCCACGCUGCCCACCGUGUGCGUGCAGAUCCUCGGCCUGAUCGGGAGAGACCCCUGGCCUGGAGUAGCGAGGGUCGUACACAUGACGAUGUCGGUCGUGAACCCGGUAUAUGCGAUGCCUGGCAUGUUGAUCCAGAUUCCAAUUGCAGGCUACAGCGACCCCAGCGAGGCGGAUUUCUUCCCCUCCAAGGGCACCCCGCUCUGCUCCGCGCCGCUGCUCCUGUCCUCGGGGGAGGCGGCCCGCUACGAGGGCCUCAGCCACACCUACCGCUUCCGUGUCGGGCGCGAGUGGCGGGAGGCGCCGGCCGUGCGCGGCAUCAGCCUGGGGGUCCGGGCGGGCGAGUGCUUCGGCCUGCUGGGGCCCAACGGGGCGGGCAAGACCACGACGCUUGCGCUGCUGACGGGCGAGGUGAGGCCGCCGUCCGCGGGGAGCAUCACCGUGCUGGGCCAGGACGUGUCCACGCCGCAGGGCCUGGCGGCGGCCCGGAGGCUGCUCGGGGUCUGCCCGCAGGCCGACCCCCUGUGGCCGACGCUCACCGGCCGCCAGCAUGUGGCCUUCUACGCCCGCGUCAAGGGCGCCGAGAAGUACAGCGGGGGCAUGAGGCGCAAGCUCAGCCUGGCCAUCGCCCUCGUCGGGCGGUCGCCGCUCCUCUUCCUCGACGAGCCGACCGCGGCCGUGGACGCUGGCGCCAAGCGGCACCUCUGGCAGAUCAUCAGGUCGGUCCGCGGGCAGCUGCGGUGCCUGGGCACUCCGGGCCACAUCAAGCACAGGUACGGCUCGGGCUACCAGCUCGAGCUCCUGUGCCGGCCCGAGCGGGCCGCCCUCGUGGAGGGCGGCUCCCGGUCGGCGCCGGGGUGCUCCCGGGUGGAGGACUUCGUGCGCACGAGGCUGUCCGAGCGCGCGGCGCUGAUCGAGCAGCACGGGGGGCGGUGCCUCUUCCAGCUGCCUCUCAUGGGCGUCGGGAGCAGGCUGACCCUGGGGACGGUCUUCGCCGAGCUGCAAGGCGGCGCCGAUGCCGCGGGCAUCAUCGACUACUCGCUCGUGCAGCCGUCGCUGGAGCAGGUGUUCGUGCGCUUUGCACGCGAGCAGGACGAGGCGGACGCUCCAGAUGGGGACCCCGCCCCCCUGGCUCCAGCCGACUCGGACGGCCUGCUGGUGGGUGCCAGCGCCGCGGGCGCGCUGUAGGGGUCGCCUGCUGGCGUGCGCCCAGGCGCUCGAAAGAACACCCGCCGGCCCGAGCGAGCCCA